UUAUUGCCACUAUUGCAGAGUUUAAAAUCAAGUAGCAUUCUUCUGCGCACUUCAGUGGCUGUGUGCGAUUCAUCAGAACCAGAACCGUACAAUCUAACUAACAUGGCUGGGCUAGAUUCAACACCAAAGCCUGAUCCGACACCAAAAGUCCUUUACACCAAGCUUUUCAUCGACAAUGAGUUUGUCGAUGCUGAAGGGGGGAAGACAUUUCCUACCAUAAAUCCUUCGACUGGAACAAAAAUCAUUGACAUUUCUGAAGCUAGUCCGGCCGAUGUUGACAAAGCAGUCGCCGCAGCGAAGAGAGCUUUCGCCAGAGGGUCACCAUGGAGAUUAACGAGCGGUGCGCAAAGAGCGGCAAUGAUGCACAAGCUUGCUGAUCUUAUCGUGCAACACCAGGACGAAAUAGCGAGUUUGGAGUCAUUGGACAAUGGAAAACCUUUCGCAAAUGCUUACGGCGAGGUCCUCAACGCUGCAGAACUUAUACGUUAUUACGCCGGUUGGGCAGAUAAAGUUCAUGGCCUAACUGUUCCCUCGGAUGACGGUUCAUUCUGCUUGACCAGAAAGGAGCCGAUCGGCGUAGUCGGCCAAAUCACUCCAUGGAACUAUCCCAUGGUUAUGGUGGCAUUGAAAUUGGCGCCCGCAUUAGCAGCUGGUUGCACAUGUGUUUUUAAACCAGCCGAACAGACGUCUUUGACUGCUCUGAGGGUAGCUAGUUUCGUUAAGGAAGCUGGAUUUCCGCCCGGUGUUAUCAACUUUGUACCUGGUUUCGGACAAACUGGAGCUGCACUUACCGCGCACAAGGAUGUGGCGAAAAUCAGUUUUACCGGAUCUACGGAGGUCGGACAUCUGAUAUUGAAGGCUGCUGGAGAGUCAAAUUUGAAACGUGUAACACUCGAGCUCGGAGGAAAAAGUCCACUCGUCAUUUUCAACGAUGCUGAUCUGGAUUUAGCCGCACAACACGCUCACGAAGGUCUCUUCCACAAUGCUGGUCAAACCUGUUGUGCGCCAACUCGUGUCUUCGUACAGUCCAAAGUUUACGAUGAGUUCGUAAAGAAAGCCGUUGCUCUGGCUUUGGAAAAGAAAGUUGGAGAUCCUUUCGUUCCUGGAGUCAACCAGGGUCCCCAGAUCGACACGGAAACCUUUGACAAGAUCCUUGGUUUGAUCGAAUCCGGAAAGAAAGAAGGUGCGAAGCUGGAGACUGGUGGAAAACGUUUGGGAAAAGCCGGCUACUUCGUUGAACCAACAGUAUUUUCGAACGUCACCGACAAUAUGCAAAUUGCAAAGGAAGAGAUUUUCGGGCCAGUGCAAUCCAUUUUCAAAUUUGAGACUCUGGAGGAGGUCAUCGAAAGAUCAAAUGACACCCAUUACGGAUUGGCGGCCGGUGUCUUCACCAAAAACAUCGACCUCGCUUUAGAAUACGCGAAAGCUGUGGAGGCCGGUUCCGUCUGGAUAAACCAAUGGAGUUCUAUUAAUUUCCAAACGCCGUUCGGUGGGUUCAAAGAGUCCGGCAUUGGGCGAGAAAUGGGCGAAGAGUCGAUGAAUCAUUACUUCGAGACUAAAAGCAUUUCGAUAAGAUUACCGACAAGAAGUUAAUGAGUCAUCGGGCGAAACUACUUGCGUACGUCAAAUUUCGGCACAUUUCAUGUAUUUCAAUAUGUAUCGAAAAAAAAUAUGCUGUUUCAUUCUAUGCUUAUCCGAUAACCGUACGUACUUCUGAUAAAUCCUGCUUCUUGAACAAUUUA